AUGCCGGUAGACGAUACCAAGAUAAGCAAUACAGGCACAAUGAGAGCCAUGGAUCUGAUAGAUACAAGGAAAGCAGAAGAGCGAGAAAACCAGACCCAUGCAAUGCAAGGCAUUUUGAAGUUUGUGGAAAUCACGGUUAACCUCCUGGUGCUGAUUUGUGUGGGCGCUGCCCAAGCCUCCGUUGCAGGCUUCACAUCACUUGGCGGCUUCGGCACUGGAUCCUUUAGCCUGAAUUCAGCCUAUAGCCCCUUUGAGGGCACGGAGCUCCGGGAGGUGAGGGAGCUAGACAUGCAGUUCACCCAGAUGAGAGCCCCUUGCGUGUAUGGCGGAGUAGCCUUCAGCUUAACAGCAGCAGUACUUACCCUUGUCUUCCUUGUUGUGGGGGCAAAACCCAUCCAGAAGCUCAGGAUGGGGCUGCUGGCCGGCGAAUGCACCUUCAACUUGCUGGCUGGCAUGGCGUACAUCGCAGCAGUCGGCCUCUACCUGCAUUUUGUCAGCCAGGUGAACUCCACAGAAGUUUGCAAGAGGCACGAGAGGCUGUAUGCGCGCCGUGGUUAUACCUCCAUGAACUGUGUGGUCCAGGGCGGCGACGCAGCCGUCGGCCUUUUUGGUGUCGCUGCUGCCUGUUUGUACUUUGCCAGCUUUGUGGUCUGUAUCCUUGCUAUCCGAACCGUCCGGGCCUUCCGGAGCCAUGCGGCCAAGGAUCAGCACAUCCCCAAAAGCAGCAUUAGAGACAGAAGCGUCACAAACCACCACACUGUCCACGGGACCUCCAAAAGCUCCCACAACAUCCAGGCUCUUGCCACGUUAGUGUGA